CCCGGCCGUGCGUCCGCCCGCGGAGCCCUGGGCUGGGCUGCGGGAGGUUGAGGGCCGCCGGCUCGCUGCCCACCGCCCAAGGAGCUGACAGUGCCAACCUGCUGUGCCGUUCCCCGAUCGGCUAGGACCCGGGGGGACCAUGUCCGGCACCAACAGCCCAGAGGCUGUGAAGAAGCUCCUGGAGAACAUGCAGAGCGACCUGCGGGCCUUGUCACUAGAAUGCAAGAAGAAAUUCCCACCUGUCAAGGAGGCUGCUGAAUCUGGAAUAAUAAAAGUAAAAACAAUAGCUGCAAGAAACACCGAAAUUUUGGCAGCAUUGAAAGAGAACAGCUCUGAAGUCGUGCAGCCUUUCCUAAUGGGGUGUGGGACCAAGGAGCCAAAGAUCACUCAGCUGUGUCUGGCCGCCAUCCAGAGACUCAUGUCCCAUGAGGUGGUGUCUGAGACUGCUGCUGGAAACAUAAUUAACAUGCUUUGGCAGCUAAUGGAAAAUAGCCUUGAAGAACUUAAGCUGCUUCAGACAGUUCUUGUUCUCCUAACGACCAACACAGUAGUUCAUGAUGAGGCACUGUCCAAGGCGAUUGUUCUUUGUUUUCGACUCCACUUCACAAAGGACAAUAUCACAAACAACACAGCUGCUGCUACAGUACGGCAGGUGGUAACCGUCGUCUUCGAGAGGAUGGUGGCCGAAGACGAGCGGCACAGCGACAUAGAACCACCAGUGCUGGUCCAAGGAAACAGUAACCGAAGGUCUGUCAGCACCCUGAAGCCUUGUGCUAAAGAUGCAUAUAUGCUUUUCCAGGACCUUUGUCAGCUGGUUAAUGCCGACGCCCCUUACUGGCUCGUAGGCAUGACCGAGAUGACUCGGACUUUUGGCCUGGAGCUGCUGGAGUCAGUCCUCAGUGCCUUCCCACAGGUCUUCUUACAACAUCAGGAAUUCAGUUUCCUCCUCAAAGAAAGAGUAUGCCCUCUUGUGAUCAAGCUCUUUUCUCCAAAUAUAAAAUUCAGACAAGGUUCCAGCACUUCAUCUUCUCCAGCACCAGUUGAAAAACCGUAUUUUCCCAUCUGCAUGCGUUUGCUGAGAGUGGUGUCUGUUCUGAUCAAGCAGUUUUAUAGCCUUUUGGUAACCGAGUGUGAAAUAUUUCUGUCACUGCUGGUGAAGUUUCUGGAUGCAGAUAAGCCACAGUGGCUUCGAGCUGUUGCCGUGGAAUCGAUACACAGGCUCUGUGUGCAGCCUCACUUGUUAAGGUCAUUUUGUCAGUCGUAUGACAUGAAGCAGCAUUCCACCAAGGUCUUCCGUGACAUUGUGAAUGCGCUGGGGUCUUUUAUUCAGUCUUUGUUUCUCGUCCCUCCUACUGGAAACCCUGCUGCAGCUAACCAAGCUGGAAACAAUAAUGCUGGUGGCCCAGUCUCAGCGCCAGCCAGCUCAGGAAUGGUGGGGAUUGGUGGAGGUGUUACUCUGCUACCAGCAUUUGAAUACAGAGGAACUUGGAUACCUAUCCUGACUAUUACAGUUCAAGGCAGUGCGAAAGCCACCUACCUAGAAAUGCUGGACAAAGUGGAACCUCCAACUAUACCAGAAGGCUAUGCUAUGUCUGUGGCUUUCCACUGUCUGUUGGAUCUUGUCCGUGGAAUCACCACUAUGAUAGAAGGAGAGUUAGGAGAGGCUGAAACCGCGUGUCCUGCUGUCAUUGAAGAAACACACUCUGAGUCAUCAGAGCAGCGGGACGUGCAGUCAGGGUCGGACCAGGCAGAUAAGGAGACAGUUAGUAGAGCCGUUUGGGAAGAGAUGGUGAGUGCCUGCUGGUGUGGUCUUCUCGCUGCACUCUCCCUCCUGCUCGAUGCCAGCACAGAUGAGGCUGCCACUGAGAAUAUUUUAAAAGCUGAACUGACUAUGGCCGCUCUGUGUGGAAGACUGGGCCUUGUCACGUCAAGGGACGCCUUUAUCACCGCCAUCUGCAAAGGGUCCUUGCCUCCACAUUAUGCUCUGACCGUAUUGAAUGCCACCACUGCAGCUACACUUUCCAAUAAAUCAUAUUCUAUCCAGGGCCACAGUGUCAUGAUGAUAAGUCCAUCCAGUGAAUCCCACCAACAAGUUGUGGCAGUGGGUCAGCCUCUGGCCGUCCAGCCUCAAGGAACAGUAAUGCUGACUUCCAAAAAUAUCCAGUGUAUGAGGACGCUGCUUAACUUGGCGCACUGUCAUGGUGCUGUUCUCGGGACAUCUUGGCAACUUGUUUUGGCAACUCUUCAGCAUCUUGUGUGGAUUCUGGGACUAAAGCCUAGUGGUGGUGGUGCCUUGAAGCCUGGAAGAGCUGUGGAAGGACCCAGUACAGUUCUGACAACAGCAGUGAUGACAGAUUUGCCAGUGAUUUCCAACAUACUUUCAAGACUGUUUGAGAGCUCACAGUAUCUUGAUGACGUAUCUUUGCAUCAUUUAAUAAAUGCACUUUGUUCCUUAUCUCUAGAAGCAAUGGAUAUGGCCUAUGGAAACAAUAAGGAACCAUCUCUUUUUGCUGUUGCCAAACUAUUAGAAACUGGUCUAGUUAAUAUGCACAGAAUAGAAAUCUUAUGGAGACCUCUAACUGGCCAUCUACUGGAGGUGUGCCAGCACCCAAACUCUCGAAUGAGAGAAUGGGGAGCAGAAGCCCUGACGUCCCUCAUUAAAGCAGGGCUGGCAUUUAACCAUGAGCCGCCGCUGACACAGAACCAGAGACUGCAGCUGCUUUUGUUGAACCCAUUAAAGGAGAUGUCCAGUAUUAACCAUCCAGAUAUUCGACUCAAGCAAUUAGAAUGUGUGUUGCAGAUUCUACAGAGUCAGGGAGACAGUCUGGGGCCUGGAUGGCCAUUGGUUCUUGGAGUCAUGGGAGCUAUCAGAAAUGAUCAAGGAGAAUCUCUAAUAAGAACUGCCUUCCAGUGUCUUCAGUUGGUUGUGACAGAUUUUCUACCAACAAUGCCUUGUUCUUGCCUACAGAUAGUUGUAGAUGUUGCAGGUAGCUUUGGACUUCAUAACCAAGAACUUAAUAUUAGUUUAACUUCAAUAGGCUUAUUGUGGAAUAUUUCAGAUUAUUUUUUCCAAAGAGGGGAAACUAUUGAAAAAGAAUUAAAUAAAGAGGAGGCAGCCCAGCAGAAGCAGGCAGAAGAGAAAGGAGUGUCACUAAAUCGGCCCUUCCACCCUGCACCGCCGUUUGAUUGCUUGUGGCUGUGCCUUUAUGCAAAACUGGGUGAACUGUGUGUGGACCCGCGCCCUGCUGUGAGGAAAAGUGCAGGGCAGACUCUGUUUUCUACAAUUGGUGCACAUGGGACCUUGCUGCAGCAUUCAACCUGGCACACAGUUAUCUGGAAGGUACUCUUUCAUCUACUGGACCGAGUCCGAGAAUCUUCUACGACAGCAGAUAAAGAGAAGAUUGAGUCUGGAGGUGGAAAUAUUUUAAUUCAUCAUUCAAGAGACACAGCAGAGAAACAGUGGGCUGAGACAUGGGUACUGACAUUGGCUGGAGUGGCAAGGAUCUUCAAUACCAGACGAUACUUGCUGCAGCCGCUAGGAGACUUUUCAAGAGCUUGGGAUGUUCUUCUUGACCACAUUCAGUCAGCCGCACUCAGCAAAAACAAUGAAGUAUCCCUGGCCGCUCUGAAAAGCUUCCAGGAAAUAUUACAGCUUGUGUCACCUGUCAGAGACUCGGAGAAGCCUGAGACACCACCAGUAGUCAAUGUGCCUGUACCUGUCCUUAUAGGAAACAUUUCAGGCCCAGGCCUGAACAGGCCGUUUGUAAGGACAGAUUCCAUUGGAGACAAACUUGGUAGAUACAGUGCUGAGCCACCCAUAGUGACUGAUGAGCUUGAAGAUUUGAACCUCUGGUGGGCUGCCUGGAAUACAUGGUAUAAGAUCGGGUCUGAAAGCACAAAGCCACCUGUAACUUUUGAUAAGCUAACCUUCAUUCCCAGCCAGCCUUUUCUAACAGCUUUGAUUCAGAUAUUCCCAGCUCUCUACCAGCACAUAAAAGCUGGCUUCAACAUGGAUGACUUACAGAAGUUGGGGGUCAUAUUGCACAGCGCUGUUUCAGUCCCAAUAAGUUCAGAUGCGUCCCCUUUCAUCCUUCCAUCUUAUACGGAAGCAGUUCUAACAAGCUUACAGGAAGCUGUACUUACAGCUUUAGAUGUUCUCCAAAAGGCCAUCUGUGUUGGACCAGAAAACAUGCAGAUAAUGUACCCAGCUAUAUUUGACCAGUUACUGGCAUUUGUAGAGUUUUCCUGUAAACCUCCACAGUAUGGACAGCUGGAAACAAAGCACAUUGCAAAUGCAAAAUAUAAUCAGAUCCAACUAUUUGCACCGGCGGAAUGGGUAGCCUUGAAUUAUGUACCAUUUGCUGAAAGAUCUUUGGAAGUAGUUGUGGAUUUGUACCAAAAAACAGCCUGUCAUAAAGCAGUGGUGAAUGAAAAAGUCCUCCAGAAUAUUAUUAAGACUCUCAGGGUUCCUCUCAGUUUGAAGUAUGCCUGCCCUUCUGAAAGCACAUGGAAACUGGCGGUAGCUUCUCUCCUCAAAGUCCUUUCCAUUGGGCUGCCUGUUGCCCGACAGCAUGCUUCUUCUGGGAAGUUUGACAGCAUGUGGCCAGAAUUAGCCAGCACACUUGAAGACUUCCUCUUUACUAAAAGCAUACCUCCAGAUAAUCUUUCUAUUCAAGAAUUUCAAAGAAAUGAAAGUAUUGACGUUGAAGUUGUUCAGCUUAUCAGUGCAGAGAUUCUCCCGUAUGCCAAUCUUAUUCCUAAGGCGUUUGUGGGACAAAUGAUGACCAUGCUCAACCGGGGCUCCAUCCACUCCCAGUCACCCUCAUUUACAGAAGCAGAGAUUGACAUUCGCUUGAGAGAAGAGUUUUCUAAGAUGUGUUUUGAAACACUGCUCCAGUUUUCCUUCAGUAACAAAGUCAGCACACCCCAAGAAGGCUACAUCUCGCGAAUGGCGCUCACCGUGCUGUUAAAGCGGUCUCAGGAUGUCCUACAUCGCUACAUAGAGGACGAAAGGCUAAGUGGAAAGUGCCCUCUCCCAAGGCAACAGGUAACAGAAAUCAUAUUUGUUUUAAAAGCAGUCAGCACUCUCAUUGACUCACUUAAGAAAACUCAGCCUGAGAAUGUUGAUGGAAAUACAUGGGCACAAGUAAUUGCCUUAUACCCAACUUUGGUAGAAUGUAUCACAUGUUCAUCCUCAGAAGUUUGUUCUGCUCUUAAAGAGGCACUAGUUCCCUUUAAGGAUUUCAUGCAACCACCAGCAUCCAAAGUUCAAAAUGGAGAAUCUUGACCCACUACAGUCAUGUGAAGGAAGACGGAUAACCUAAGGAAGGUUUGCUCCUGAGUCUUCUAUGAGAAGGACGUUUCUUACUGCAGUAAUUCUUGGCAGCUGUUGUUUGCCUUCUUUAAAGUGUAAUUUUCUGGGCUCAGUAAUUCUUGUACAUGUCAACAGAGGCUCCUGAAGGAACCAGCCUUUUAAAGAGAGAACUGAUGGGAUCGGGAUAGAGAGUUCUCCCUUGUACCUGCUAUCAUAUCUUCAGUUGGUGAUUUAAAAGUGAGCUUAUGUACAGUGUGUGGUGCGUGUGCCAUUGAUGUGCUUUUUAAAAAGGAAGAAGAGAUAUUUCCAUUCAGAUUUCUGAGGCUGGUGUUUUGCACCCUUUUUCAAGUACAGAACUGUACUGAAGUUUUAUGCAAGGUGGUACUAUAACAUUCCAUAAUUAUCUACAACCAGCCUUUGUGAACAAAGGGAACUGAUGUACUGUGUGUAUAAUAAAUGGUACAGUUCUGUAUAAAAUAGUUGCAUUUAUUUAAAAUUUAAAAUUGAUGUUAAAUAUUGAUGUUAAAAUGCUCGAAGGCGUAUUUAUUAUUAAUACAAAAUUGUUUGCUUACAUUUUUACUUCUGAUUUGCCUUCUUAUGGGGCAGAUAAGCUUAUCAUGUAAUCACACAGCGUCAUGCUUUUUACAUGCAUUAUUGGUGACCUGUACACCUCUGGCCAGAGGAUCAUGUGAACAGCAGAAGUUAAUAGUCUGCUGGCUUUGCACCUUGGAAACACAGGUUGUAACUUAAUACACUGAGAUACAUUGUAGCACGAUGACCCAAUCAUACCUCAUUCUUUAGCCUCUCUCUAAGCCUUUACGUGUCUGUUUUUAUAUUUGCUGUCUGAAUUUUAAAGACUUGUCAUAUUUUAUAUUUCUGCUAAUUUUCCUAUGACAUUUGUCACUGUCUUUGAAUGACCAAGGCAAGAUGACUUGAGAUUUCAUGAAACUUUGCCUGUGAGGUUUUGUUCAUUUCUGUGCUUCCUUUUCUGAGUUCUUUUCAAGAGGACUCGGCACUAGGCUAACCUACAGUAUAAAAUGCGAGUCAUCAGCAAGUGAGUGAGCGGAGGCAGCAGCAUGUCCCAGUGCGGUGAGCUCACUGUAUUAGAGCAUAGCGCUCCUGCCGUUACGGAGCACAUGACCAGUCUCACAAAACUGACUUUGACCUAGCUUGCUGUAUUUGUUUAAUUAUGCUGUGAUAUUUUUUCUUCCAAGUAAAAAUUUCAUUUCGGAAAUAUCGAAAACAUUGCUGUUAAUAAGAAAUGAUAAUGGGGCUGAUAUUAUUUUAAUGCACUAGAAAGCUUUUGACUUUAACAAGAUUUAUAAAUUUUGGACUCUCCAGAAUAAUCAUAAAACUAUAAGGAGACAUUAAAGUUGAGUAAUCAAUGAGAUACAAUUUUGAGGCUAUUUUAAUUAUGUAAUGAUUUAAUUUGCACUAUAUUCUGUAUACGUGUGGUAAGGCCUAUUUUGAAGGAAUAUUAUUUUUAUUCACACGAAUCAAUGAAUUUCUAUUUUAUUAUUUCAUGUAAGGUUAUGGUAAACAUGGCAUUUCAUAGACUAUGCUAUUCGUGUUUUCUUAAAGGUGUAAAAAGAAUGACUCAAGCCGUGUAUUUUUUAUAUUUUUAUAUAUUCACUUGUGGAUUUAAAAUGUAGGGAAAUCACUGAUAAAGUAUCUGAAUAAUAGGGUAGCAACAUUUUCACAACAUUGCUCUGAGUUUAUAUAAAAUAAGUGUCUGCUCAUAGCAGAUCAAUUCCAGUGAAGGCCAUCUGUAAGUCAGGAGUCUCACCUGAGCUGAUACAGUGUUAGCUUUCAUAACAGUGCCAUGCUGUAUAGUUCAGAACAUAAAAAGAGAUGAAUGUGUUAAUGUACAGUAAUUACUGAAAGCCUCAGUGUCAAGCAAGUGGGCCUUGGUGGACUAAUUGUCAGGCUUCUCCUCACAUUCCUCUCCACUCCAAAGGAGUCCGUACUGUAAUUAAUGCCUCUGGGUCACACAUUCUUCUCCACCAUAUUUUCAACUAUGUGCUGGUCCCAGACAGAUUAAUACAUUGUCCAUGCUCUUUAAUUAUGAACUGGAUUCUUCAGUCACUGUGAGAUCUGGGCUUCAUGGAGUUACAAGAUUCAACCAUGAAGCCUAGGUUCAAUCCCCAUCAUCGCGCCCCAUCCCAGUGCAAUGAAUUUUAAAUCUCAUACUGAGUUUUUACCAGUGACCAUCUCUUUUAGAGACUGCUGAACACAGGGUUUAAUGUAAUUGUGUACUUGUAUAGACUACCUUUUGGAAUGUAGCAGUGUAACAACUACCAAGGAAAAAAGGACAAUUUUGGUAGUGUCUUAUCUCUUUAUGAUUAAUUUUAAACUUUUCUAGUUUUACUGUAUGCAUUUUGCAUAGCACUUAUUAAAAGUCUAUUAUGUGCCUAAAAGAAAAGAAUUAUUAAGUCUGACUAAAACAGAAAUGCACAUGUUAACAUUUAUGUUUUUACCUGAUUCCCCAUAUGGUUUUUGAGUGAACACCUGCUUCAUUCUUUAAAUUCUAAAUAGCAUCAGAAGAAAACAGUGUACAAUUUAGUUUACUUACGUUAUCCUAGUGGAUAACGUUCACUUUUAGUAGCAGCCAAAGCAGUCAUUUGUCCUUUCUUCUACAGUGUGAAGAAUGUUGUGCUGUUGUGAGUUUGGUACCAACUAGUCCUAGGUAAGCAUUUGGUCAAUGGUCACCUAAGAAUCUGAGAGUGAAUUAGCAUACACUAUGAACAGUGCGAGAAAACAUCAGAAGUGCACCCCUACAAUGAAAUGUUGUGACAGUCGUGUCAGUAAAAGGCACUAUCAUAUACACUCCUCAGAUGUAAAAUAAUUCAUGUGGAUAGCCAAAUCCUCAAGACCCAAAGUAGAUUAAUGUCUGGGUUCAGAUUACUGUGGUUUAUAGAUUUUUCUAGAAAACUACCACAGAGGUAGACAAUAAUGGUCUCUUCAAAAGCAUUACUACAAGUCUGUAAUGUUCCCACUUACUAGAUUUGCCAUUUUGGAAAUACUUUGAAUUGUCAAAAGCAUUGCAAUUUGCAAUGCUUAGGGCUACAAUACUGCUUGUUUGUUUGUUUGUUUGUUUUGUUUUUCCAGACAGGGUUUCUUUGUGUAGCCUUGGCUGUCCUGGAACUCGCUCUGUGCUCUGUAGACCAAGUUGGGCUCAAACUCAGAGAUUGACCUGCCUCUGCCUCUCACGGGCUGGAAUUAAAGGCUUGCACCACUACUACCCUGCGGCUAUCUUUAUUAAACUGAACUAUGGUUUUGUGUUUUGUUUUUAUUUUAAUCAUUUGUGAGACGAGCAAACAUUACAUGGCAUGUUGUACUAAAAUCUAACAUAUAGUGGAUAAAUAGUUUUAAUACUUUAUGGCCAUUUGAAUUAAAAUUUUGUAUCUAGAGAGUAGAGUGGUGCUUUUAUUUUAAUGUUGUUUUUGUAAAUGGGAAAGAAAGUUGUCAUUGUAUCUCAAUUUACAUGCAGACUCUUUCAGAAGACUUGGAUUAAAUCAGUCAUUUUACUGUAUUAUCAGUGUUGGUUUUAAAGAGCCAGGCGGAUAAGCUGGGUGUAGUGGCUCAUGCCUGUAAGCCCAGCACUCAAGAGGCAGAGGCAGGAGGCUUCACAAGGCUUCAAGGGCAGCCAGGACUACACAGUGACACCUUGCUCAGAAAGCAGGCAAGAGGAGCUGAGGUAAGUCCUCCGUGUCUGUGAAUAAUCUCUGUGAUCUUCCAGUGACUAGCUGAGGGUCCACCUCCUCAUUUUUCUUUAAGCAAUUUUCCAAAGCUGCUGUUUCUGACUCUAAUACAGUGAUGACCACAAGUUACUGAUUCUUCAGAAAAAAUGUUUAAUAUGAGUGUAGACUUCAUAAGGACAUUCUUAGGCACUUAUUCAGGUGGUUUGAUCACAGGAUAUAUCCACUGUUAUAUCCAAAGAGUAUUCAACUCUUUUUCUUCCCCUUUUCUUGGGCAUCAGUUUCACUCCCUCCAAUCUAAAUUAUCUGUUUACCUCACUUGCUAAUUGAGAAUGAGGAGUGAUCCUCUUUUCAUUCUCUACCCAUUCCCAUUCACCUAUUCUUCCUUCACAUUCAGAGCGAUAGAAACAUGGUGACAGCUUCUUAUUAAGUGUGAUUAUAGAAGUGCCUUCCACUUUGACCCCUGUUGCCUUUUUUGCUGAAGUUCCCUGCCAUCUUAAUGAUGGACAAUGUGAAGUAGUUUACAACUAUCGCCUACUGUAUUUCUGAGUCUAUGAUUCUGCUGCCAAGACAAAGAAUGAGAUUGCUAUAAAUAAAUGGAUUCAGUAGCUAAA